AUGGCCAUUAUUCCUCGCGCUGCCUUUUCGGCUCGCCUCCUCGCCGUGACGAGGCAGAAUGUCCCCUUGUGCCGCCGCAUUCACUCGUCGCCCUUGAGGGCCGCGGUUGCGCAUCCCAUCACGGCCCACGGUCCGCCACCAAAGGCUCCUGCGCCUGCGCCCGAGUUUACAGAGACCGCAGAGACACAGACGGCUACAGAGCUGACGAAGGACGGCCGGGAUGUAUCACAAUUGAAGAAGCCGGUUGUACUGAAGAAGCGCUUCUGGAAGGAUGUCCAUGUUCACGGGAAGCCCGGUGAAUACCAAGUGUUGCUGGACAAGCGACCCGUACGGACACCCUCGAAGGAUAUCCUCUCGAUCCCCCCAACCAAGCCUCACCUCGCCCAUGCCAUCGCUCUUGAAUGGGAUGUCAUGACAUCCGCCCAACAGGCCCUCAAGAGCCACCUGAUCCCCCUGACCUCUCUCGCCGCCCGCGCCUCGGACAUUGUCCGCGAAGAUGCCCAGGGCGAACGCACCACCCGCGACCAGAUCACCAGCACCGCCAUGCGGUACCUGGAUACCGACACCCUGCUGUGCUGGGAGCCCGAGCGCACGAACCGCGCGCUGGACCGGGUGAGCGAGGAAGAGAAGGUCGAGAGUCUACGUGAUAUUCAGAUGCGGGUUGCAAAGGACACUAUGAGCUUCCUGUCUACAAAGGUCUGGCCUGGUCUGGAGAUCGUGCCCAUCCUCGACGCGGAGAGCAUUCUCCCCGUGUCCCAGCCGCAAGCGACCAAGGAGAGCAUCUGCACUUGGGUGUCUGAGUUGGAUGCUCAUGAUCUGGCGGGCUUGGAGCGAGGCAUUCUGGCGUCGAAGAGUCUACUGGUCGCUGUGCGGCUGGUGGUCGAGUGGAGUGAAAACUUCCGGCAUCUCCAGCGGCACGAGGCGAAGAAGUUCGGUCUCGAGGAGGCGGCCGAGGCGGCGAACUUGGAGGUCAAGUGGCAGACGGAUAUGUGGGGGGAGGUGGAGGAUACUCACGAUGUGAACAAGGAGGACUUGCGGCGGCAGUUGGGCAGUGUGGUGGUAUUGGUGAGUGGUGAGACGAGAUAG